GAAGACGAAGAAUCCUACUUUCAGACCGAAAUAGCUAUCAUCUUAGAUGGAUCUGGGAGCAUCGACCCUCCAGACUUUGAACUGGCCAAGAAUUUCAUCUAUAACAUGAUGGAGACCUUCUACGAGAAAUGUCUUGAGUGUGUUUUCGCCUUGGUCCAGUAUGGAUACAUCAUCCAGACAGAGUUUGACCUGCAGGUGGACAAGGCCUCUGCCUUGAGAAAAGUGAGGGCCGUUAAGCAAGUGGGCAACGUGACCCGGACUGCAUCAGCCAUGCAACACGUCCUAGAUUCCAUCUUCAGCGCUUCGCACGGGUCCCAGAAGAAGUCUGACAAGAUCAUUCUUGUACUGACAGAUGGGGAAAUUUUGAUGGACGAGCUGGAUUUGAAAACAGUGAUCAGUUCCUCAGAAAUGGCAGGCAUCGAGCGUUAUGCAAUCGGGGUUGGAGAGGCCUUCAACAGGAUGAACCCCCUUCAAGAGCUGCGCCUGAUCGCCUCUGACCCGGACGAAAGUCAUCUCUUCCGCGUGACCAACUAUUCGGCCCUGAAUGUGCUGCUGUCCACGCUGGAGCAGAAAUUUUUUCAGAUAGAAGGUAUGGCCGGCAACAUCCUGGAAUUCGAGCUGGCUGAAAGUGGGUUCAGCGUUCACUUCCCGGAUGAGAAGAAUAUUCUGUUUGGUGCCGUGGGAGCUUUUGACUGGUCCGGAGGCGUCCUCCUACAUAACCCAGCGAAAGGGUCCACUGUUUUCUUAAAUGAAUCGAAAGAGGCAACAGAUGCACGGAAUGGCUAUCUAGGCUACAAGUUGGGGUCAGUCAACACAGGCAGUGACACUCUGAUGGUCGCAGGGGCCCCUCGGCGUGGCAUGACGGGAAGAGUCCUGGUGUUUGAAGAUGUGCACUUAAAGCAAAGUCUAAACGGGACUCAGGUCGGGUCCUACUAUGGGUCUGAAUUCUGCUUGUUGGACAUAAACCAGGAUGGCAUAACCGAUUACUUGCUCGUCGGAGCUCCAUUUUUCCAUGUCCAUGGAGAGGAAGGAAAAGUUUACCUCUACCAUUUCGAUAAAGAGACUAAACUUUUCAGUUCAGCAGGCCACUUAGCUGGUGAUCCCUCCUUCCCUUUCGCUCGCUUUGGGUUUGCCAUGGCUGCCAUUGGAGACAUUGACGCUAACGGCUUUGGGGACGUGGCCAUCGGAGCGCCGCUUGAGGGACACGAACCGGACUCCGGCUCUUCGGGCAGCAUUUACAUCUUUAAUGGUGGCAAGGACGGGAUCCACAGUUCCUUUUCCCAGCGGAUAACAGCGGCGCAAACUGGCGUGGCAGGACUCAUGUAUUUUGGAAGGUCUGUGGCUGGAGGUUUGGACUUCACAGAGGAUGGGCUGCUAGACCUAGUGGUUGGAUCACUGGGCAAUGUGAUUUUGCUCCGGUCGAGACCAGUUGUUCAGUUAGCGCCUACUAUGGAAUUUACACCAAGGAGUAUUUCCGAUUUCCAGAACAGGAGCACCGUCCUGGCCAAAUUGUGCUUCAAGCAAACUUUCUUUCCAGAUGCUUCACAACCAGGGAUCCGUAAUCUUCUACUUAACUACACAGUGGAUUUGGAUGUUAACAUGGGAACAAAGAGAGCACAGUUUGAAGAUGAGAUGGCCACCAUCGGUGGCACAAUCCCCUUCGUGGAGAAUUUGUGUCCCCAGCUACAGCUUUCAAUCCUGCCAUGCACCGACGACUGUUUCUCUAACAUCACUCUCAGACUGAGCUAUCGGCUUCAUGCCUCGGAGACAGACCUGAGUUACCCCUCGGCCAUGCUUGAUUUCUACCAGGUCUCCGAAGUGUAUUUCCAGCUGCCUUACACAAGGGACUGCGUGAACCAGAGCGACUGUGCACCACGGCUGAGCUUGGCUGUUCAAACAGAGGAAGAGCUGGUGGUCGGCUUCACCAAGGAACUGGAAAUGAACAUCUACCUGGCAAACCGUGGAGGUGGCUCUUACCUGACAUAUCUGGUUCUGCAAUACCCUGCAAACCUACACAUGAAAAACAUCCUGAAGGUUUCCACGCCAGUCAUUCAGUGUGUUGCCUCUGAGCUUGCUCCAAAGCAAUUCUCCUCUCUGAGCUGCAAGGUUGGGCACCCUGUGUUCAAGGCAAACACGGCCCAUUUCUCGGUCAUCUGGCAACUCGAUGGAAAAAGGUUCCCCGGCAGCUUGGCCAACCUCACAGUUAGCGUUAACAACACCAACAGCAAUAGCACAACCCUGAUAGAAGAACGUUCUCUCCGUGUCAAAUACGCCUUCAGCGCCAUCCUCGGCAGGCCAAUCCCCACUGUGAAUGUGAUCCUAGGCGACGGAUCCCUCCAGAGCACCCACUUCACCUUCAAUAUCAAUGGGAAAAACCCGUUUGGGGUGCCGUUUCACUUGAGGAUCUGGAUCCCCAUUAUGAUAGACAACCAGCCGCUGGCAAAUGUGAUGAAGGUGACCGGGAGACAGAAUAGCACAGUGUGUAAAACCGAGACUGGUUUCAGCCAGAAUGGAAAAAUGAACUUUGGAAAGGAAGACCCUCAGAGUAGCCAAGCAGUCACGUUCCAGGCUGUGAACUGCACCAUCACGUCGGAGAGGGAGGAGGUGACAGUGACCGCAGAGAUGCCUUUAGCUGAUUCCUUGCAGGUCUUAAAAGAAAAUAUGGAAUUGGAGGUUCUAGGGGAGAUUAUUUUCGACAGCAGCCACUAUAUGGACUUGAAGAGAGGAAACCACAAAGCUAAGAUCAGUGUUAAAUUUCUGAAGCAGGAAACACCCAAUUUCCUCCCAGCUAUUAUUGGAAGCUCUGUUGCCGGAUUCGUAACCUUGAUCUUCAUCAUAUUCUGUCUUUAUAAGUGUGGCUUUUUCAAAAGAAAGUACAAAGCCGGAAUGGAGCAACGGCGCAAUUCCUGAGAAAUAAGGACGGAACAAGAUUGCAAAAUAGAACCAAGCGAAACCUGUUCCUGUAAGACUCCAUUAAGAAUUGGACUAGGCUAAAUUGAAGAGGGGCCAUAAUAUAUCUUUAUCCUUUUUCCCCUUUUGGUGGUGGGUGGGGUUGUUUUGUUUUAUCCAUGUUCUGCUGCCUCCCCUUGUAAGCUGUCCUAAGUGAGAGACUGGAGGAAUAUAAGAGGGAAUCCCCGGAAGUAGGACGGGGAGUGCAGAGAUAAUGUAUAUGAGAUUAUCUCUGUCUGUUGAUUAAUAAUCCGUGUACGUAUUCUAACUCUGUAUUCCAUAAACUGUGUAUCAUCCUUGACACAGCUGGUUUUGCUGCUUCCUCAUCAUGUCGGAUCUAAAUGGAUAUAGGUAUGUGUAAGCGUCAGUGAACGCUUGUGUACCACCCAGAGAACUUCGGCUGGUGGGUGGUACAGAAAUUAUAAAUAAAUAAGGCAAACUAUC